GCCAGAUCCCCCGGAGCCCAGCCGCUCUCUGGAUCCUUGGCCCGCGACAGUGGGUCCCGCCAGGCUCGCCCUCCGCACGCCGCUCCAGGACGCCCGGCGCCCCCGCGCCCUUUGCCCGCCAGGCCCGGGCCGCGGACCUCGCAGUCGCCUCCCUGUUAACCGCGGUCCCUGCGCAUCGGGUCCCUAAGACAAGAUGCCGUCGGGCUUCCAGCAGAUCGGCUCGGAAGACGGGGAACCCCCUCAGCAGCGAGUCACUGGGACCCUGGUCCUUGCCGUGUUCUCUGCUGUGCUCGGCUCCCUGCAGUUUGGCUAUAACAUCGGAGUCAUUAAUGCGCCACAGAAGGUGAUUGAACAGAGCUACAAUGAGACAUGGCUGGGGAGGCAGGGGCCCCAGGGGCCCAGCUCCAUUCCACCGGGCACCCUCACCACUCUCUGGGCUCUCUCAGUGGCCAUCUUUUCUGUGGGUGGCAUGAUCUCCUCCUUCCUCAUUGGCAUCAUCUCUCAGUGGCUGGGAAGGAAGAGGGCAAUGCUGGUCAACAACGUCCUGGCGGUGCUGGGGGGUGCCCUCAUGGGCCUGGCCCAUGCUGCUGCCUCCUACGAGAUGCUCAUUCUUGGGCGGUUCCUCAUUGGCGCCUACUCAGGGCUCACAUCGGGGCUGGUGCCCAUGUACGUGGGGGAGAUCGCCCCCACUCACCUGCGGGGCGCCUUGGGGACACUCAACCAACUGGCCAUCGUCAUUGGCAUUCUGAUCGCCCAGGUGCUGGGCUUAGAGUCCAUGCUGGGCACUACCACCCUAUGGCCACUCCUCCUGGGCAUCACAGUGCUGCCUGCCCUCCUGCAGCUGGUCCUGCUGCCCUUCUGCCCAGAGAGCCCUCGCUACCUCUACAUAAUCCGGAACCUAGAGGGGCCUGCCAGAAAGAGUCUGAAGCGCCUGACCGGCUGGGCUGAUGUAUCUGGGGCACUGGCUGAGCUGAAGGAGGAGAAGCGGAAGCUGGAGCGGGAGCGGCCCCUGUCCCUGCUACAGCUCCUGGGCAGCCGCACCCACCGGCAGCCUCUGGUCAUCGCUGUCGUGCUGCAGCUGAGCCAGCAGCUGUCAGGCAUCAAUGCCGUUUUCUAUUAUUCAACCAGCAUCUUCGAGACGGCAGGGGUCGGGCAGCCAGCCUAUGCGACCAUAGGAGCUGGUGUGGUCAACACAGUCUUCACCUUGGUCUCGGUGUUCCUGGUCGAGCGGGCUGGCCGUCGGACACUCCAUCUCCUGGGCCUGGCAGGAAUGUGUGGCUGUGCCAUCUUGAUGACCAUAGCCCUGCUUCUGCUGGAGCGGCUUCCAGCCAUGAGCUACGUCUCCAUCGUGGCCAUCUUUGGCUUUGUGGCCUUCUUUGAGAUUGGCCCAGGCCCCAUUCCCUGGUUCAUCGUGGCCGAGCUGUUCAGCCAGGGCCCCCGCCCAGCCGCCAUGGCCGUGGCUGGCUUCUGCAACUGGACAAGCAACUUCAUCAUUGGCAUGGGUUUCCAGUAUAUCGCGGAGGCCAUGGGGCCCUAUGUCUUCCUUCUGUUCGCGGUUCUCCUGCUCGCCUUCUUCAUCUUCACCUUCCUAAAAGUGCCUGAAACCCGAGGCCGGACUUUUGACCAGAUCUCGGCUGACUUCCGCCGGACACCGUCUCUUCUAGAGCAGGAGGUGAAGCCCAGCACGGAACUCGAUUACUUAGGACCUGACGACGAGAAUGACUGAGGGGCCAGGGCAGGGGUGGGAGGGCUAUGCUCUCGUCCCCCCCCCCACCGCCCCCCACCGGAGACCUCUCCUAUGCAGCACUUUUGCCCUCUCUUCCCUGUUACUUCCUGAUGGAACUGGGAAGCCGGAGGGAAGGGUGGUCUCAGCACCCCCUCAUUCCCCUCGUGUGACUCUUGGAUUAUUUAUGUGUCAUGGUUAGGCUGUGGCCAUCAGGGUGGACCACUCUGGCCACUCAUCCCCUUCCUCCUCUGUAGCCCACCCCACCCGCACCCGGCCUCAGCUCCAGAAUAUUCUCGCCCCUCGCUAGAGAAGGGGGCUGCAGGGAGGAGAGGCCCUAGGGCCGACUCUUUGGUCAGGGAGCAGGACCGGUGAAGACAAACAGCUUCCUGCCACCUUGGGCUCCUCCUACUUUCUGGCACUUUCUCUGAAUUCUUGCCACAUAGACUCUGGGUGAAGGGGGUCCCGUCUUGACCCCUGACAGGCCGCACCUCCCAAGGCCUCAGUUCACUCCUCCUGGCAGGCUCAGCCCUCUCGCUCAACUGGAGGGCCAUAUGCCCAUGCAAGGGGAGAGGGCCUGCUCCCCCAGGCCGCAGAGGGGGAGCCCCGCUCUUGUCCCCUCGCCCCUCCUGAAGGGUGUGCCGCCCGCAAGCUUUUGACCAACUAAGGGAAAGGAGGAUUUGAAAGGCUGCCUGUAAACACGGGGUAGGAGGAGCCUUCAGAUAUUUUUGUAUAUGUUUGCAAAAGGGGUGGGGAGAAGAAACCAAAGGUCUGUUGUACUAAAUGUAUAUAUGUAUGUAUAGAUGGAUAUAUAAAGUCACUGUACGUGAUGGCA